AUGACUGGAAACAAGUACAACGGUAACACGAGCCAUAUAUCAACUCGUGUUGAACGUCUUUUGCGAGAAAGAGUGUUAAGGGAGCAAAGGAAGAACAUUAGAGCUUCAUAUACGAAUGACCUGAUUGAUAAUCACAGGGGAGAUGACGUAUUUGAGAAUGGCCGAUUUUAUCGAGAAGGUGACAACUCCGGAGUUGCUUUACUUGAGCAAUACUUGGAAGAGGCUGCAGUUGUAAGGCCUUUCCGGCAACGACUUCUGGUAGUGGCAAAUAGGCUUCCGGUUUCAGCGAUUCGGAGAGGUGAAGACUCGUGGUCGCUGGAAAUAAGUGCUGGAGGUCUAGUGAGUGCUCUUUUGGGUGUCAAGGAGUUCGAAGCAAGGUGGAUUGGAUGGGCCGGUGUAAAUGUUCCGGAUGAGAUUGGACAAAAGGCUCUUACUAAAGCAUUGGCCGAAAAGCGGUGUAUCCCGGUCUUUCUCGAUGAAGAGAUUGUUCAUCAGUACUACAAUGGUUAUUGCAACAACAUUUUGUGGCCCCUUUUUCACUAUCUUGGACUUCCACAAGAAGAUCGCCUCGCUACAACAAGAAGUUUCCAGACACAGUUUGCUGCAUAUAAGAAAGCGAAUCAAAUGUUUGCUGAUGUCGUAAAUGCAAACUACGAAGAUGGAGAUGUCAUUUGUUGCCAUGACUAUCACCUCAUGUAUCUUCCGGAAUGCCUGAAGAAAUAUAACACCAAAAUGAAAGUUGGUUGGUUUCUCCAUACGCCAUUCCCUUCUUCCGAAAUUCAUAGGACACUGCCAUCCCGAUCCGAGCUUUUGCGUUCAGUUCUCGCAGCUGACUUGGUUGGUUUUCAUACCUAUGACUACGCCAGACAUUUUGUUAGUGCCUGUACUCAAAUUCUCGGACUUGAAGGGACACCUGAAGGUGUUGAGGAUCAAGGAAGGAUGACCCGUGUCGCUGCAUUUCCAAUUGGCAUAGACUCGGACAGGUUCAUACGAGCUCUUAAGCUUUCUCAAGUCCAAGAACACAUCAAAGAAUUGAAAGAAAGGUUUGCAGGCCGAAAGGUAAUGCUUGGCGUCGAUCGUCUUGAUAUGAUCAAAGGAAUUCCACAAAAGCUACUGGCAUUCGAAAAGUUCCUUGAGGAAAAUCCGUACUGGUGUGGUAAGGUAGUUUUGCUGCAAAUUGCAGUGCCAACAAGAACCGAUGUUCCUGAAUAUCAGAAACUUACGAGCCAGGUUCAUGAAAUUGUUGGACGUAUUAAUGGACGAUUUGGAACAUUGACUGCUGUUCCCAUACACCACCUGGACCGCUCUCUCAACUUUCAUGCACUAUGUGCGUUAUAUGCUGUUACUGAUGUAGCAAUUGUGACAUCUUUAAGGGAUGGUAUGAACCUCGUUAGUUACGAGUUUGUUGCUUGCCAAGACGCAAAGAAAGGAGUCCUCAUUCUCAGUGAAUUUGCCGGUGCCGCACAAUCUCUGGGUGCAGGAGCGAUCUUAGUGAAUCCUUGGAACAUCAUCGAAGUGGCUGCUUCGAUCGGGCAGGCUUUGAACAUGCCAGCCGAAGAAAGGGAGAAGCGACACUGCCAAAAUUUUCAUCAUGUAAUAAUGCAUACAGCUCAAGAAUGGGCUGAAACAUUUGUAAGUGAAUUGAACGACACUGUUGUAGAAGCACAACUGAGGUCAAGCAAAGUGCCUCCCGAGCUUCCUCAAAACGAUGCAAUGGAACGUUAUUUGUUGUCUAGCAACCGACUGCUAAUACUGGGUUUUAAUGCAACAUUAACCGAACCAAUAGACACUCCGGGGAGUAGAGGCGGUCAAAUCAAGGAAAUGGAACUUAAAUUGCAUCCGGAGUUAGGAGAACCCUUAACAACUCUCUGUAAUGAUCCAAAGACGACGGUGGUUGUCCUCAGUGGGAGCGACAGGCGUGUUUUGGAUAAGAACUUCGGGAAGUACAACAUGUGGUUGGCUGCAGAAAACGGUAUGUUUCUACGACAUACGAAGGGAGACUGGAUGACAACAAUGCCAGAACACUUGAAUUUGGAAUGGGUUGAUAGUGUGAAGCAUGUUUUCGAGUAUUUCACCGAAAGAACACCAAGAUCACAUUUUGAUUUCCGGGACACAUCGCUUGUGUGGAAUUACAAGUAUGCAGAUGUUGAAUUUGGAAGACUUCAAGCAAGAGACAUGCUGCAGCAUCUCUGGACCGGACCAAUUUCAAAUGCAUCUGUCGAUGUUGUUCAAGGAAGUCGUUCAGUUGAGGUGCGAGCAGUUGGCGUAUCGAAGGGGGCAGCCAUUGAUCGUAUUUUAGGAGAGAUUGUUCACAGUAAAUCGAUGACAACACCGAUCAAUUAUGUUAUUUGCAUCGGGCAUUUUCUGGGGAAGGACGAAGAUGUUUACACCUUUUUCGAACCCGAGCUAUCUUUCAAUGCAUUAAGUGUGGCAAGAAGCAAGCCAUUUGACGGGCCAAAGUUAUUACCUGCCGAAAGAAGUCCUCAAUUGAAGCUUCCGGCAAGCAGAAGUGGAGCUAAAUCAUCAUCACUAACAAAGUCGCAACAACCGUUCCCGACUCCUGACCGAAAACCCAGAACUUAUUAUAGUAGCGAGAGUUUACAACGUCCAUCGGUACCGGAAAAGAUCUCAUGGAGCGUGCUUGAUCUCCAAGGAGAUAACUACUACUCCUGUGCAGUUGGACGCACUCGGACAAGUGCUCGAUAUUUUCUCAGUUCAACGGAUGAUGUUGUCUCAUUCCUGAAUAGACUAGUGAAUGCCUCUCCUUCAUACGCCAUGGUGUUCGGUCCAACUCAUUCGAACAUAGGCAUAAGGUCUAAUCUUCCAAAUAUAUAA